GGGGGGGAACCCUCGCCGCGCUGGAUUAGACCCGAAGUACACAUUGGACUCCUUUAGUCAGUGCUUUGGAGGCCACCAAGCAAACUUUAGGAUAGACGAACGACUCGACGACGCGCGUGCGACGGGAACGACCACGUACACCGCGAUCCGCGAAGUGUGUGUUGUGCAGUGUAGAGUGUUUGGGCUACCAACCCUCUACUAAACCUCAACCUCCACCCCUUGCGUGAAGCAGGGUUCAUGUUCACGAUAGCAGGGUAACAGAACAGAGUUAGCAUGGGAGUGGCGGAGGAUUUCGCUCCCAGCUUCACCCAGAAGCCGCAGCUGAGGCAGGAGGACGACGGCAACAAGCUCGUCUUCGAAUGCCAGCUGCUCGCAUCACCCCAGCCCGAAAUACAAUGGUUCCGUAGCGACACACUUCUUCAGGAAGACACAAGGACCAAUUUCAAAAUCCAGCCCAUCGGUACCAACAAGUACUUGGUGGUGUUGGAACUAGACGAUGUGAUCGAGACAGAUGCAGGCCUGUACAAGGUCAAAGCGAAGAACACCAUGGGGGAAGUUGCAGCGUCGAUCAACCUCAACUUCAGCCCAAUGGACGAGCCAAAAGAAAAACAAAUCGAUGGUCUAGCACCAACUUUUGCGAAGAAACCUGCCAUUCGGCAAGAAGAAGACGGCAAAAAGCUUCUUUUCGAAUGUCGGAUUCAAGCGGAUCCUCGUCCAGUCGUCAGUUGGUUCCACAAUAACAAUUCCGUUAAAGAAAGUCCCCGUCAUAAGUUGAGGAUAGACAAGGAUGGACACUCGUACUUUGCGACCCUUGAAAUAAUAAAUGUCACAGUUGAGGAUGCUGGCAAAUACAAGGUGACUGCAAAGAACGAGCUUGGAGAGAGUAACGCGACGAUCAGUCUCAACUUUGACAGCGACGAAGCACCGGUGCCCGAGCAGGAGGGCAUCAAGCCGACCUUCACCGAGCGCCCAGUCAUCCGCCAGACAGACGACGGCGCAACCAUCACCUUCGAGUGCCGCUGCGUGGGCGUUCCCAAGCCCGAAGUGCAAUGGUACCACGGCAAGGAAGAGGUCCGAGAAGAUGGAAGGUACGUCCUGUCCAUGGAGCUGGACCAGAAACUGUACUACCUGGCUAGACUGGAGAUCGCAGCCGUACAAAAGAACGAUUCAGGUGAAUACCGGGCCGUAGCACGCAACAGGCACGGUACGGCCGUGGCUACCAUCAACCUGAGCUUCGAGAGUCCAGAAAAACCCAAAAUUCCCGAUGGCAAAGCACCUAGAUUCCCUAAGAAACCGACCAUUCGCCAGGAAGGCGACGUGCUGAUCAUGGAGUGCUUCUUAGAGGCGAACCCGGAUCCAGAUAUCACCUGGUUCCAAAGCGAGAAAAGCAUUGCGGACAGCCCACGCGUGCGAAUGCUGCGCAAAACCACCACCAAAGACACGUACCUUCUCACUCUUGAGAUAGCGAACCCGACACGCCUCGACGGCGGCAACUACCGCUGUAACGCUUUCAAUGUGUACGGCGAAAGUAACGCCAAUAUUGCGCUCAACUUCCAAGGCGGAGAUGAUGCGGCAGGUUUCGCGCCCUCCUUCAUCGAGAAACCCAAAAUCAUACCCAACGAGAGCGGAACGCUCAUUACCAUGAAAUGCAAGUGCAAGGCCAAGCCCAAGCCUGAAGUCACUUGGUUCCGGGGAACCACAGCCGUCCAGGAAUCGUCCAAAAUCACCAUACGAGUCGUCGAUGUACAAGAAGACGUUUACGAACUCGUUCUAGAGAUCAAAGAUCCUGCGGGUUCUGAUGGAGGUACUUACCGGUGCCAUGUGAAAAACGAAUUUGGAGAAAGCAACGCCAAUCUGAACCUGAACAUCGAGGCUGAACCGGAGCCUGAAGGUGACGGUCCCACAUUUGUCGAAAAACCAAGGAUCACCUCCCACCAAGGAGGCAAAUUGGUCGUUAUGGAGUGUAAGGUACGUUCUAACCCGACGCCGACGAUAGUUUGGUACCGGGAAGGAAACAAGGUUACCGAAUCCUCCAAGAUCACGAUGAGUUUCGAAAAAGUCGAAGAAGAUGUAUAUUACAUCAAACUAGAACUAAAAGACCCCGGACUAGAAGAUUCCGGUCUCUAUAAAUGUAACAUUAAGAACACUUUCGGAGAGCUUAACGCUAACCUUACUCUGAACAUCGAAAUUAUACCAGUUAUUAAAGAAAAACCGAAGGUUAUCAAGAUAAUUAAAAAGAAAACAGUUAUUGUCGAGUGCAAAGUACUCAGCAAGUUUGCACCUGAGUGCACUUGGUUUAAAGAAGAUAACGCGGUUAGGGAAGACAACAGACAUCAAGUACAAGUGGAGCAAGUCAAAGACGGUGAAUUUGCCGUAAAACUUGAAAUUUCCGACGUCCAAAAAACCGACAAAGGUUUAUAUAAAUUAGUAGCCAAAAACGAGAAGGGAGAAGCUACUUCACAAACUGUCGAAGUAACCGAACUCCCACCCGAUGAGAAGCCCAAAGGCGAGAAGCCAAAACUUACAAAACUCACUAACAUCACAAUUGAAGAAGGAAAAACAGCUGAUUUCAUUUCCUCCCUCAAAGUAGCUGACAAAAGCGUCACUAUCACUUGGUACAAGGAAAGUACAGUUAUAAAGGAAUCUAGCGACAUAAAAAUAUCAUUCGAUGGCACUGUAACACGGCUUACCAUCAGCAAAUGCAAAGUCACCCAUUCUUCCACAUACAGAGUCAUUGCUAAAAACGAAUUUGGUGAGGAUGAAGCCACGGCAGUAUUGACGGUCAAAAAGAGGAAAGACGAAGAGGAGGAGGAAGAAGAGGAGGAAAGCGAGGAAGAAAUAUCAGAAAUCAAAGAAAAAAAGAUGGAAUCGGAUGAAGAAGAGGUAGAGGAAUCAGAGGAGGAAGAGGAAGUAAAAAAGACAGUAGAAAAGAAAGAGGAAAAGAAAGAGGAAAAGAAAGAAGAGAAAAAGGUAGAAAAGAAAGUUGAGAAAAAGGCAGAAGAAAAAAAGGAAGAAACCAAAGUAGUGCAAAAGAAGGAGGAAGAAAAGAAGGUAAAUGAUAUCGCUAAAAAGGAUACGAAAAAAGAGGAGGAAACAAAAACCGAGGAGAAAAAAGCAGUGAGACGUUCUUCCGUUCAAAAGGUUGAAAAGACUGAAUCGCGCAGAAGUUCCAUAGUCACCGAAGAAAAAAUAAUUAAAGACGGCGAAAAGAAAUCGGCCAGUCGUAAAUCUUCAAUAGUAACCAAGGAAGAAGAAUCAAAGACUGAAACUAGACGCACAUCAGUGGCUGAAGACAAAACCAAAAAAGUCUCUGCGGGCGCUAAAAAAUUAGAACCCACCCCUGAAGCGAAAACACCAACCACACCUAUAAACAAUGUAGACGACAUAUUCGCCGCCAAAAAAACCGAACCUGAAAAACUCAAAUCACCUCCACCAAAAGACGCUGCUAAACCGAAAGCAGCCUCCAAAGUGAAAUCACCCCCUCCGGCUGAAACAAAAGAAACACCAAAGCCUACUACACCCGCAUCAAAAAUUAAGUCACCCCCACCAGCGGAAACACCCAAACCCAAAGAACCCGAACCAGCUAAGGUUGAACCAAAAGCUAAAACUCCUUUAGAAAAGAAGGCUGAACCACCUAAAUCCGAAGAACCCGCUCCCAAUCUAAGCAAAACACGUACAGGUCUUAAGAAGGUUGAGGAGAAAACUGCAGAAGCCACGAAACUGAAGACCGAAACUGAACCGCAAAAACCCAAACCCAAACUUCCUCCAAAAAAUCCGGUUCAGAAAGGCAGUUUCUUAGGCAUUCAAUUAAAGCCGGUGAAAAAAGAAGCCAAAACUGUCGAAAAUGUUCAAAUAGAAACCGACCUGAAGUCCACUGAAGUGAAAAAAUCAGAAAAGGCUGCCGUGUCUAAAGGCAAAAAAGACGAAAAAUUUGACUACAACGCAUGGGAAAAUAUUCCUGAUUACGACAGGCCCGUUUUAGAAAAGUUCGAGCCUCACGAGAAAGUCGACUAUGCCGGUAGAGAAAAAACCAAACUUUCCAAGGAAAAACCACUCUUGGCUACGGAAGCCAAAGAAAAGCCUACUUUAGCAGCCGAACAGAAGGCUGUACCGACGGUUCCUCAAAUCAAAACUCCCGAGGCACCUAAAAUCGAGGUUAUCAAAGAACGAACUCCAGAACCGAGGAAGAAGUCGUUGGAACCCCAACAGGGCAGUGGUAGCAGAAGAGGUUCCUUAAUACCUCCCGAAGCUAUGGGCCGAAGGGCUAGUUUGAUCAUCUCUGACGAGGAACAUAGAAAACUGAGGCCAGGCGAGGUGUUAGAAGAGAAAAAGCGUCGGAGACCCAGCUCAGAAGUGAGGAGACCAAGUGUUGCUGAAUUAGAGGAUAAAAUUAAUAAACCGUCAACACCACUUAAACCUUCAGGACCUAAAGGAUCACCACCCAGUAUAAUAGACGUCCAAGAGAAUUAUUCAUCAGUUGAAGAUCAAGUGGCUUAUAUCAGUCUGCAAGUAGAAGGUGACCCUGUCCCGACAUUCAAAUUUUACAAGGGCGUAACCGAAAUCAUAGAAGGUGGUAGAUUUAAAUUUCUGACAGAUGGAGAGACGAAUACUAUUACUUUAUGUAUCAGAAAAGUCAAGCCUAACGAUGAGGGGCAGUACAAAGUUGUUGUUUCCAACGUUCAUGGCGAAGAUACUGCCGAGAUGAUGCUUUACGUAGCCGGUGCUGCUGGUGUUGAUUUCCGAUCAAUGUUGAUGAAGAGGAAAUACGCCAAAUGGGACAAGGAUAAGGGUGACCCUGAUUGGGGUGAUUUGAAGGAAGUUGAAAAACCAGUUCCAGCGCUUAAGAAAGUAGAAAAGAAACAAGAAAGCUUCUUGAGACCUCUCGUUGACCAGUAUGCCAAGGAAGGUAAAGAUAAGAAAGUCGUGUUUGAAGCAGGGUUCUCCAAACCAAACUGCAAGCCAAAGUGGCUCGUUAGGAAAGAUGAGCUUUUCCAAGGCGCAAAAUACAAAUUCAAAAACGAAAACGACAUGUACCAACUGAUCAUCAUGAACCCCAAGGUUGAGGACUCUGGAAAAUACUCGAUUGAAAUUGGUGGAGUCAGUUGCACAGCUUUCUUAAACGUUGAAGAACCAGAUCCAUCCUACACUUUCACUAAACCCCUUAAGAAGAAGUACGAUGGAUACACUGAGCACGAAGUAGAACUCUCUUGUACAGUGAGCAACAGCUUGGCUAUUGUUGGUUGGUACAAAGGCGACGUCAAACUAGAUGAUGGACCUAAAUACCAAAUUUCGAAGGAUUUAAGCGGAGUAUGCCGACUUACUAUAAAAGACUGUACCUUCGACGACAUCGCAGAAUACAGCUGUAAAUUAGAAAAGCAAACAGAUAAAACAACUGCUAAAGUAAACAUUGUUGAUUAUCCAUACAAGUUUGUAAAAGUUUUAAAACAUCAGCAACAUGUAGAAAAGGAAAAUAUCACGUUCCUGUGUGAAUUAAACGAUGCUGGAGGUGAAGUCAAAUGGUUCAAAGGCGACCAAGAAAUCGUUGCUGACAAAAGACUGGUCAUCAGUAAAGAUGGCAGGAAGCGCAAGUUGGUUAUCAAAGACGCUAAAGUCACCGAUGCUGGAAUGUAUUCCUGUGUCAGUAAUGCUGACAAAACCGAAGCUGAAUUAGUAGUAAACUAUCUCAACAGAUUCAACAAAAAACUAAAAGACACAGUUGCCGUUGAAAGAGAAAAACUGGUCCUUGAUAUCGAACUUGAAGAUCAAACUGCCCCAGCCGAGUGGUUCUUCAAUGGAAAACCAAUUGAACCUUCAGACAGGAUCGAAAUUAAGAAUCUCGGAGGAGGUAAACAUCAACUAAUCUUCAACAAACUAGACAUGGAGGAUGACGGUGAAAUCAGAGUAGAGUCAGGAAAAUUAGAAUCUUCCAUGAAAUUAUCAGUGAAAAAGGGUGAAAGCAUCCCUAAAAUUGAUUUUCCAUCUGUCUUUGAAGCACCUAUUAGCAAGCCUAUCUUAAUGGAAGUCCCUUACAAAGUCGAAGGAACCCGUCAAAGUCAGUUAGAAGCUAAACUAAUCAAAGACGGAAAAGUUCUUCCCAUCAAAGACGUAGAUGUCUCCAUAACCGACGAUAAAGUUACGUUCAAAAUCAAGAAACCAACUAGAGAUCAAUCCGGUCCGUACCAAGUGAAAUUAUCUAAUGCCCAAGGAGAAGAUGUGAAAGACGUCAAGAUCAUAAUGCAGGACGUUCCUCAGCCUCCUCAAGAUGUCAACGUUACUGACGUUUUCCAAGAUAACUGCAAAGUUGCUUGGAAAGCUCCUAGUGAUGAUGGUGGAGCGCCUAUUCUACAUUACGUUAUCGAACGCCAAGAUCUGAGCUUGAAAGCCCAAUGGGAGAGCGUUGGUGAAGUCAAACAAGGCCAACCGACGACUUUUAAAGUCGAAGGGUUAAUACCUAAAAAACAAUAUAAGUUCAGAAUAAGGGCAGUAAACAAACUAGGCUCCAGUGAGCCAGGCCUCUUUGCCAAGCCAGUUCUUGCUAAAGAUCCAUGGGAUGAGCCUAGCAAGCCCCAAAACGUCGAAGUUGUUGACUGGGACAAGGAUCAUGCCGAUCUCACAUGGAAGGCACCUGAAAGUGACGGUGGUGCGCCUAUUACUGGAUAUAUAAUCGAAGUUAAAGAUAAAUUUGGAAAAGAAUGGACCAAAGGGCUUGAAGUGGAAGGAGAUCAGCUCUCUGGAACCGUCCCUGGUUUAAAAGAAAACAAUCAGUACGAAUUCCGAGUUAGGGCAGUGAAUAAAGCCGGACCUGGUGAACCUAGCGACACAACAAAACCUAUUAUUGCCAAAUGUAGAUUUGUUAAACCAUUUAUCAUCGGUGACGACUUGAAGAGUAUUAUUAUCAAAAAAGGACAAAUCGUCAAAUAUGAUAUUAAAUAUGGUGGAGAACCCGAGCCUACAGUUCAAUGGUUCCUCGACCAAAAAGAAAUUAAACCAGAUAGUGAAGAACGCGUUACAAUCGACGCCUAUGAAAAGAACACCAUCAUCACAGUAAGAAGAGCUACACGAGCUGACAGUGGCAAAUACCGCCUUGUCCUCACUAACAGUUCCGGUACUUGCGAAGGAAAAGCCGAAGUAAUUGUUCUGGAUAAACCAACGGCUCCCAAGGGACCUUUAGAACCAGAGGAAAUUAGAGCUGAUCACGUAACAGUGAAGUGGCAAAGACCAGAGGACGCCGGAGGCACCGAGCUAACUGGUUAUGUCCUGGAAAAAAUGGACAUGGAUACCGGAAGAUGGGUAUCCGCGGGAGAAGUUGGUCCUGGAGAUACAAAAUUCACUUUCAAAGGUCUCACUCCUAAAAAGAAAUACAAGUUCAGGGUUAGGGCUAAGAACAAGGAGGGCGAAUCGGAACCACUGGAAACUUCCGAUUUUAUUCUUGCGAAAAAUCCUUACGAUGAACCGGGAGCGCCGGGAAAACCUGAAAUCAUCGACUAUGAUAACAAGAGCGUCACUUUGAAGUGGGCCAAACCCGAAAACGACGGAGGAAGGCCCAUCACUCACUACACCGUCGAAAUGAAAGACAAGUUCUCUCCUGAUUGGAAGGAAGUGGCCACAACCUCAGACAGUAACCCAGAAGCAAAGGUAGAAGGACUUAAAGAAAAUCAGGUGUAUCAGUUUAGAGUGAGAGCACACAAUAAGGCCGGACCUAGUGUUCCCUCUGAACCUACCGAUAACCAUCUCUGCAAGCAUAAGAACUUAAAACCAAGAAUUGACCGAGAAACCUUCAAAUCAGUCACGAUUAAGGCUGGCCGUACCCACAAAUGGGCCGUAGACUUUAUGGGUGAGCCUCCACCGGAAGUCAAGUGGGUAUGGAGAGACAACAUUCCACUUACGAACACCGAACGCAUCAAAAUCGAAAAUUCCGAUUACCAUACAGACUUCACGCUACAUAACGCAGUACGAAAAGACACGGGAAAAUAUACGCUUAUCAUUGAAAAUUGCAAUGGAAAGGACCAAGAAACCGUCGAAUUGACGGUUCUGAGCAAACCGGGAGCUCCAGAAGGACCGCUCCAGGUCAGCGACGUCACUGCCGAAAAGGCCAAGAUUAGCUGGAAGAAACCAGAGGACGAUGGUGGCAGUCCAAUCAAGGAAUACGAAAUCGAAAAGAUGGACGUCGCCACAGGGAAGUGGGUCCGCUGUGGUCGUGUACCGGGUGAUAAAUUAUCUCCUGACGGAAAAGGAGAAUUCGAAGUUACCGGACUGAACCCGGGCUCAGAGUACAAGUUCAGAGUCACAGCCGUUAACAACGAAGGUGACUCUGAGCCUCUUGUUUCCGAACGACCGACUUUAGCUAAGAAUCCAUUUGACACACCCGGCAAACCAGGGUUGCCUGAAAUCGUCGAUUACGACAACAAGGGUGUCGAUCUCAAAUGGACCGCCCCAUCAAAUGAUGGAGGUGCUCCAAUAGAAAAAUACAUUAUCGAAAAGAAAGAUCGUUACAAGCCUGAUUGGGAAAAGGCUAUUGAAGUGCCCGGUGAUCAAUUGCAAGCCAGAGUUGAAGACCUUAAAGAACGAGGAGAGUAUCAAUUUCGAGUAAUAGCCGUGAACAAAGCUGGACCAGGCACACCAUCUGAUGCUUCCCAAAUGCAAAUAAUCAAACAUAGAUCACUUAAACCUAGAAUCGAUAGAACCAAUCUAAAACCAAUCAUAGUACGUGCCGGAAAACCAAUUAAAUAUGACAUUGAUGUCAGAGGCGAACCUCCACCAACUUGCACGUGGUUCCAAGUAGAUACCGAACUGAAAUCCGAAGGCAACAUCGAAAUCAUUAACGUAGACUAUAAUACUAAACUUAAUAUUACUAACGCCGUCCGUAAAAAUACAGGUCUUUAUAAAAUUAAAGCAGUAAACGAACAUGGUUCGGACGAAGCUGAAGUCGAAGUUACCGUACUUUCGGCACCAGGGAAACCAAAGGGCCCACUUAAAGUGUCUGACGUCACAAAGGGUGGAUGCAAAUUGAAGUGGGAGAAGCCAGAGGACGAUGGUGGCAAACCAGUAACCGGUUACCAAGUGGAGAAAUUAGAUAAAGCUACCGGCAGAUGGGUGCCUGUAGGACGUACAGGUCCUAACGACACCGAACUGGAUGUUAAAGGUUUGACUGAAGGCCACGAGUACGAUUUCAGAGUGAAGGCCAUUAAUGACGAAGGCGAAUCUGAGCCUUUGGAAACGGACAGUUCCAUUAUCGCUAAGAACCCGUAUGACAUUCCUGGAAAACCAGGCACACCAGAAAUUACAGACUGGGAUGCAGAUAGGGUUGAUCUCAAAUGGACUGCUCCGAAAAGUUCAGGAGGUGCGCCGAUUACCGGCUAUGUUAUUGAGAAAAAAGAAAAAUUCUCCACUUCGUGGGACGAGAUUCUCAGCACCGACUCUCCGACUUGUGAAGCUAGAGUUCCUGGACUAAAAGACGGUAAUACUUACCAAUUCAGGGUACGAGCUGUAAACAAAGCCGGACCUGGUGAACCAUCCGAUGCAACUGGUCAACACGUUGCGAAAGCCAGGCACUUACGCCCAAUGAUUAACAGAGAAAAACUACAUACUGUAAAAGUUCGUGCAGGACAAUUAGUGAGGUUUGACGUAGACGUCAAAGGUGAACCACCACCGACAUGCACAUGGAGCUUUGCCCACAAACCUUUAGAAAAUAGCCCUACCGUUAAAAUCGAAAAUGAGGACUAUAACACUAAACUUACUCUCUCCGACACCAAGAGAAAAGAUACAGGAACAUACACUCUAAAGGCUGAAAACGAUUCCGGAUUUGACGAAGCUACUGUAGAAGUAAUAAUCUUAGACAAACCUGGUAAACCAGAAGGGCCUCUAGAAGUAAGCGACGUGCACAAGGAAGGCUGCAAACUAAAAUGGGACAAGCCCAAAGAUGACGGUGGCCUCCCUAUUACCGGAUACGUUGUUGAAAAACAAGAUACUCAAACCGGAAGAUGGGUUCCCGCUGGAUUUGUAGAUGCGGACAAAACUGACCAUGAAAUCACUGGCUUGGAACCAAACAAGAAGUACAACUUUAGAGUGAAGGCUGUUAACGAAGAAGGGGAAUCAGAGCCUUUAGAAACCGACACUGCUACGUUGGCCAAAAAUCCUUAUGACAUAUCUGCACCUCCUGGCUUACCAGAAAUCGUCGACUGGGAUGAGCAUUCAGUAAAACUUAAGUGGGAUAAACCCGUCAGAGAUGGAGGUACUCCUAUUACUGGAUAUGUUAUUGAGGCCAUGGAUAAAUUCACCGGUCAAUUCGUUAAAGUUGCUGAAGUUGGACCACAAUGCCAAGGCACAGUUGGCAAACUGGAGGAAGGAAAUCAAUACAAAUUUAGGGUACGAGCUAUAAAUAAGGCUGGACCGUCAGAACCUUCAGAACAGACUAACUGGCAUACAGCUAAAGCCAGAUUCCUUAAGCCCUUAAUCGAUCGCACCAACCUGAAACCAUUAACUGUUAAGGCAGGUCUUUCUAUCAGCUUGGACGUGAAUAUUCAAGGUGAACCUCCACCAAAGGUAACAUGGUUAUACGAUGGCAAGGAAAUUGAAUCCACUGAAGAACUCCGCAUCGACAACGUCGAUUAUAACACCAAAUUCUUCGUUCUCAAAUCCAAGAGAUCCCAAUCUGGAAAAUACACUAUCAUUGCAAAGAAUGAAGUUGGCGAAGACCAAGCUGAAAUCGAAAUUUCUAUUCUUGGAAAGCCAUCUGCUCCUAAAGGACCUUUAGAUGUAACCGAUGUAACUAAACAUGGUUGCAAGCUCAAAUGGAAGAAACCUGAUGAUGAUGGUGGUACUCCAAUUGAUCAUUACGCAAUCGAAAAGCUCGAUCCAACAACUGGUCAAUGGAUACCCUGUGGAAGAAGUACUGAACCAGAAGCAAAUAUAACUGGCUUACAAGAGGGCAAACCUUACAAAUUCAGAGUUAAGGCUGUAAAUAAAGAGGGCGAAUCAGAACCUCUUGAAACAGAAAAGUCUAUAAUAGCUAAAAAUCCCUUUGAUGAACCUAGUAAACCUGGCCGUCCCGAUCUUAAAAACUGGGAUAAAGACUUUGUUGAACUGGCAUGGAAAGCACCCGUCAGCGAUGGAGGUGCUCCAAUUCAGAAGUACAUCAUCCAAAUGCACGACAAAGCUGGCCGAGGCUGGGUUGAUGCUGCUACUGUACCUGGAGAUAAAACUGCUGGACGUGUAGACACGGUAGAAGAAGGACACGAAUACGAAUUCAGAAUUGUUGCUGUAAAUAAAGCAGGACCAAGCGAACCUAGCGAUCCAUCGAAACCUGUUAUUGCCAAACCCCGAUUCUUGGCACCCAAAAUUGAUCGUAAGAAUCUCACAAAGAAAGUGCUCCGUCCUGGUCAGCUACUUCGUCUGGAAGCUGAUGUUAAAGGUGAACCUCCACCAACAGUUACCUGGACUUUGAAGGAACAAACUUUAAGAAACAAUGACCGGCUCAAAAUCGACAAUGAAGAUUAUCACACUAGUUUUGUGCUACAAAAAGUCCAAAGAAGUGAUACUGGUACAUACGUAGUUACUGCUAGGAACGACUCUGGAGUAGAUACAGUAGAAGUGGAACUACAAGUAGUCACUAAGCCUUCCAAGCCCAAAGGACCACUCAAAGUAUCAGAUGUAUCUGCGGAAGGCUGCAAACUUAAAUGGGAAGCUCCAGAAGACGACGGUGGUGAGCCAGUGACCGGCUAUGUAGUUGAAAGAAUGGACGUUGAAACCGGAAGAUGGGUUCCUGUAACUACUACAAAAACUCCAGAGGCAGACGUAACCGGCCUGAACGAAGGCAAGGACUAUCAAUUCCGCGUGAAAGCUGUUAACUCUGAAGGUGAAUCUGAACCACUAGUAACUGAUGAACCUACAACAGCGAAAAAUCCUUACACCGAGCCUGACGCCCCUGGAAAACCUGAACUUAAAGACUGGACCAAAGACCAUGCAGAUCUCAAAUGGACUCCACCGAAGAACGACGGCGGAGCGCCUGUAGAAAAAUAUAUUAUUGAAAAGAAAGAUCCGAUCACAGGAAAAUGGCACAAAGCCGUCGAAGUACCCGGAAACAAAACCGAAGCAAGGGUACCUGACUUGCAGGAAGGACAGAAAUAUUCAUUUAGAGUUAAGGCAGUUAACAAAGGAGGUGAGAGUAAACCUUCUGAAGCUUCCGACACAAUUACUGCCAAAGACAGAUUUGUUCCACCCAAGAUUGAUCGUAGUACACUAAGAGACCUGACUGUUAAAGCCGGACAACAUAUACGUCUGGAUGUUAAAGUUUCUGGAGAACCUCCACCAUCAAAAACAUGGUUCUUGAAUAAAGCACGUAUUGAAAACAGAGACGAUAUUAACGUGGAUGUCGAGGAUUACAGAACAAAAUUAGUUAUUGGAGUAGCUAAGAGAGAACAUACAGGAACUUUAGUAUUGAAAGCUGAAAAUAGUUCCGGAAGAGAUGAAGCUAGUAUCGAAAUUAAAGUAUUAGACAAACCUGGAAAACCAGAAGGACCUUUGCGAAUUAGUGACGUGCAUAAAGAAGGAUGUUCUCUCAAAUGGAACGCCCCUCUAGAUGAUGGUGGUGUACCAAUUGAUUAUUACCAAGUAGAGAAAUUAGAUACAGCUACUGGCCGCUGGGUACCUGCCGGACGAGCCAAAGAACCCAAAAUUGCUCUUGACAAUUUAGAACCUGGCCAAGAAUACAAAUUCCGAGUAUCUGCAGUUAACGCCGAGGGCGAGUCUGAGCCUCUCGAAGCAGAACAAACAAUUGUCGCUAAAAAUCCCUUCGAUGAACCUGGAGCUCCUGGAACUCCUGAAGUAGUAGACUGGGACAAAGAUCAUGUUGACUUAAGAUGGACUCCACCAGCAAAUGAUGGUGGAUCUCCAAUCACCGGAUACAUUAUCGAAAAAAGGGAGAAGGGAUCGCCAAAAUGGACAAAGGCUGGUGAAACCGGUCCAUUCGAGACCAAAGGAACAGCUGACAAUUUAGACGAAGGCGUCGAAUAUGAAUUUAGGGUCAGAGCUGUUAAUGCUGCAGGACCAGGAGAACCUAGUCAAGCCUCUAAGUCCGUUACUACCAAACCAAGAAGACUGGCUCCUAAAAUUGAUCGUCGUAAUCUCCAUAAUCUGACGGUCAAAGAAGGAGAACCUAUUUAUAUAGACGUAAAAGUUAGCGGUGAACCUGCUCCUGAUGUCACAUGGUACCAAGAAGGACGUACUAUCACGGAUUCCACACACAAGCGUGUUGACAACGUUCCUUACAACUCCAAAUUCUUCAACGAUAAACCCGAGCGCAAGGAUAGUGGAGUUUACAAAAUCGUCGCUGUCAACAAAUAUGGUCAAGAUCAAGUAGAGAUUGAUAUUACAGUAGUUUCAAAACCAGGACAACCUGAAGGACCCUUAGAGGUAUCAGAUAUCCAUAAAGAUGGAUGUACAUUGAAGUGGAAGCGACCAAAGGACGACGGUGGUGAACCAGUAGAAAAUUAUGUAGUAGAAAAGUUAGACCCAGAAACUGGAAUUUGGUUGCCUGUAGGUAAAACUAAUGGAGCCAUACCCGAGAUGAAGGUAGAUGGAUUAGUUCCCGGACACGAUUAUAAAUUCAGAGUUAAAGCUGUUAACAAAGAAGGUGAAUCAGAACCUCUGGAAACUAUUGGGACGAUCACUGCUAAAGAUCCAUACACUACCGCUGCUAAACCCGGUACUCCAGAACCUGAAGACUGGUCGGCAAAUCACGUUGACCUGAAAUGGACUGAGCCUGUGUCAGAUGGUGGCUCUCCUAUUACCGGAUAUAUCAUAGAAAUGAAAGACAAAUACAGUCCCCUAUGGGAAAAAGCAGUUGAAACUACUAGCCCCUCACCAAAAGCCACAGUCACUGGUUUAAUUGAAGGCAAUGAAUAUCAGUUUAGAGUCAUCGCCGUUAAUGCUGCAGGCCAAAGUCCUGCUUCAGACGCUAGCAAGAUCUUCGUAGCCAAACCUAGAUUUUUGGCUCCAAAGAUUGACAGACGCUAUUUACAUGACGUUACCAUAUCAGCAGGAUCUCCACUUAAAUUCGAGGCUAAUAUUAUUGGUGAACCUCCACCAACAGUUGAAUGGCGUUUUAAUGGUAGUACUUUAAGAAAUGACAAACGAACGACAAUUGACAACGUUGAUUACAACACUAAAAUUGCUAUUCGUCCAGUAGGCCGGGAUGAUACCGGUCAGUAUACUGUUACAGCAACAAAUAGCUCUGGAAAGGAUAGUCACACAAUUAAUGUCACUGUUACUGACAAACCAACACCACCACAAGGACCGUUACAAAUUUCUGACGUUAACAAGAACGGGUGCAAACUUAAAUGGAAAAGACCAAAGGAUGAUGGUGGCACUCCAGUAGAAUAUUACCAAAUCGACAAAAUGGACCCCGAAACUGGUUGUUGGGUUCCCUGUGGCAGAGCUACAGAACCUAACUUUGAAGUUACCGGUCUCACUCCAAACCACGAAUACAAAUUCAGAGUAGCGGCAGUGAAUGCUGAAGGUGAAUCAAAACCACUAGAAGCAGAAGAAACGAUCAUUGCAAAGAAUCCAUUCGAUGAACCUGGACCGCCAGGACAUCUUAAAGCUACCGAUUGGGACAAAGAUCAUGUAGAUCUAGAAUGGACACCUCCAAAAGAUGACGGUGGGUCUCCAGUUACUGGAUAUAUCAUUGAAAAGAAAGACAAAUUUGGAGAUUGGGAAAAAGCUCUUGAAGUUCCUGCGGAUAAGUUUAAAGCAACAGUACCGGAUCUAAUUGAAGGCCAACCCUAUCAAUUCAGAGUCCGUGCUGUCAACGCUGCUGGUCCUGGAGACCCAAGCAACGAAACGCCUACAAUUAUUGCUAAGGCGCGCAAUUUGGCACCGAAGAUUGACAGGACGAACUUAAUCGAAGUAAAAAUUCGCGCCGGUCAAAACUUUGCGUACGACGUUAAAGUUUCUGGCGAGCCAAUGCCAGCUACUAAAUGGCUAUUAAAGGGUAAAGAAAUUAAAUCUGGCCCCAACUGCAAAGUUCAGCAUUUAGACUACAACACAAAACUAUCUAUACGUAAUGCUACCAGAGCUGAUUCUGGUACGUACACGGUAACAGCUGAAAAUGCCAACGGAAAAGACAUUGCUGAAGUUGAAGUUACCGUUCUCGACGUCCCUAGCCCACCAGGUGGCCCUCUAAAAGUAUCUGAUGUUCACGCUAAAGGUUGUAAACUUAGUUGGAGACCACCAGCAGAUGAUGGUGGUCAGCCCGUUGAAAAUUACGUAGUAGAAAAAAUGGACGAAGCUAGUGGAAGGUGGGUUCCAGUGGGUGAAACUGAGGGACCGCAAACAUCAAUAAAUGUCGAUGGUCUAACACCGGGCCACAAGUACAAAUUUAGAGUUCGCGCCCAAAACCGUCAAGGAAAAUCCGAACCCUUGACGACGUCCCAAGCAAUCGAAGCUAAAAAUCCAUUCGACGAACCUGGUAAGACCAGCGCACCGGAGAUUACUGACUAUGACAGCGAUUUCGUCGAACUGAAAUGGGAUAAGCCAGAAAACGAUGGUGGCUCUCCAAUCACUGGCUAUAUUAUCGAAAAACGAGAUAAGUUUAAUCCGAGUUGGGAAAAAUGCGCAGAAGUCGAAGGAGACGUGCCCAAGGGUAAGGUCAAGGACCUUAUCGAAGGUACUCCAUAUGAAUUCAGGAUCAGAGCUGUAAAUAAAGCCGGACCUGGCGAACCUAGCGACGCAUCCAAGAUCCAUGUCGCUAGACCCAAGAACCUUCCACCUAAAAUCGACAGAAAUGCCUUAUUUGAUCUUAAAGUUAAAGUGGGACAGUCAAUCGAAUUUAACGUCCCUGUUAUCGGUGAACCACCACCAAGCAAAGAAUGGUUACAUAAAGAUAAUGUAUUAUUCAACACAGACCGUGUUAAAAUAACUAACGAAGAUUACAAGACCCACAUUAAGAUUACAGAUGCCCAAAGAGCAGACAGUGGUCCAUACACCUUAACCGUUAAAAAUAUCAACGGAAAAGAUACAGCCACUGUAAAGGUAACAGUUCUGGAUGUUCCUACACCACCAGAAGGUCCUCUUAGAGCUGAUAACGUUACUAAGUCAUCGUUAACUCUGAGCUGGAAACCACCAAAAGAUGACGGAGGUUCCGAAAUUUCCCAUUACCAAGUUGAAAAACUUGAUACUGAAAACAUGAGAUGGGUACCUGUAGGUGAUUCGGUUGGAACAACAAUGAGAGUUCCAAAUCUGACUGAAGGACAUGAUUACCAGUUCAGAGUUCGAGCAGUAAAUAAACAGGGGGAAUCAGCUCCACUCACCACCACUGAAAGUAUUACAGCAAAAGAUCCAUUUAGUAAACCUGACAGACCUGGUGCUCCUAAACCCACAGACUGGGACAAAGAUCAUGUGGAUCUUGAAUGGACUCCGCCAAGAAAAGAUGGCGGUGCACCUAUUACAGAGUAUAUUAUCGAAAAGAGACCUAAACACGGGACAUGGGAAGAAGCAGCUAGAGUUCCCGGAAACAGUACUAAGGGAACUGUUCCUAAUCUAACUGAAGGAGAAGAAUAUGAAUUCAGGAUAAUAGCGGUAAACAAAGGAGGUCACAGUGAACCCAGUGAGGCCUCAAUUCCAGUUAUUGCCAAGCCCAGAUUUUUGGCUCCGUCCUUUAAUAAGAGUUUAUUGGAAGACAUUACCAUCAAAGUUGGUCAACGAUUUGGCUGGACGAUUCCAAUCGAAGCUGCUCCAAAACCAACAGCUAAGUGGACUGUAAAUGGCAAAGAAAUACCUGUUUCUGAUAGAGUAGAUCAUGCUGUUUACAACAACAAAGUCUCAUUUGACGUUUCGUCUGCAGUGAGAGCUGAUGCCGGUAGAUAUACGUUAACUCUCAGCAACGACUUGGGAAGCUUUAGUGCUUCUGCACAAGUCACAGUAUUAGAUAAACCAGGCCCACCGCAACCACCAUUAGAUGUGGGUAGCGUUACUAAAGACAGCGCAAGAAUUUCCUGGAAACCACCACUUGACGACGGUGGUUCACCGAUUCUUCAUUACAUCGUGGAGAAAAUGGACGUUUCUCGUGGAACUUGGUCUGAUGCUGGAAUGGCUACAAUCACUUCCCAUGAUAUCACCCGAUUAAUUCACAAGAAAGAAUACUACUUCCGUGUUAAGGCUGUAAAUGCAGUAGGCGAAUCUGAACCACUCGAAACACCUAGAAGCAUCAUUGCCAAAAACGAAUUUGAUGAACCUAGUGCUCCUGGAAAACCGGCAGUUACUGACUGGGAUAAAGAUCACGUAGACUUAGAAUGGACACCACCAAAGAACGACGGUGGUUCUCCCAUCACUGGUUAUAUCGUACAAAAGAAAGAGAAGGGAAGUCCAUAUUGGACAAAUGCCGUCCAUGUGCCAGCAAGGAAGACUGGUUGCACUGUCCCUGAUCUAACAGAAGGCCAAGAAUACGAAUUUAGAGUUAUAGCAACAAAUACUGCUGGCCAGAGUGAACCAUCUGAACCCUCUGAUCUUGUAACAGCUAAAGCCAGAUUUUUGGCACCGAAAAUCAAAACACCGCUCAACGAUAUCCGUAUUAAGGCUGGACUUAUCUUACACAUUGACAUCGACUUCAUUGGAGAACCAUGCCCUGAAGUCACAUGGACCGUUGGAGGAAAUCCUCUUGUUGCUGACGACCGCACAACGGUAACCUCAAUUGGAUAUCAUACCGUAAUACAUACGGUAAACGCUAAAAGAUCGAAUAGCGGUUUGUAUCAUAUUUUGCUCAAGAAUAAUUCAGGUAUAGAUGAAGGUUCAUUCCAAGUGACUGUUCUGGAUCGGCCGGGACCACCUCAAGGACCUUUGGAAUAUGAAGAAGUAACAGCUCAAAGUGUUACUCUUUCGUGGAAACCACCUAAAGAUAACGGUGGAAGUGAAAUUACGGGAUAUGUAAUUGAAAAACGUGAUUUGACUCAUGGAGGAGGUUGGGUACCAGCUGUUAACUACGUUAAUCCCAAAUACAACCACGCUAUUGUACCGAGACUACUGGAAGGAACUAAAUAUGAAUUUAGAGUUUUCGCUGAAAACUUACAAGGAAGAUCAGAACCUCUUGAAACUGAAAAACCAGUAGUAGCCAAAAAUCAAUACGAUGUACCCGGAAAACCAGGCAAGCCUGAACUGGUUGACAGUGACAAAGAUCAUAUCAAGAUUAAAUGGACUGCGCCGAUAAGCAACGGUGGCUCACCUAUUCUAGGCUAUGAUAUCGAACGCCGUGAUAGAGCUACCGGCAGAUGGGUGAAACUUAACAAAGAACCCGUAAGAAGUCAAGAAUAUUACGAUGAUCGUGUACAAGAAGGUCAUCAGUACGAAUAUAGAGUAUCGGCAGUAAAUGCCGCAGGAAACGGCAAGCCUAGUGACGCGUCCAACGCAUUUAUUGCUAAACCAAUGAAGGAAAAACCGAAGUUGUGGCUCGAUGGAAUUAUUGGAAGAAAAAUUAAAGUCCGGGCUGGAGAACCGAUCAAUAUUGAUAUCCCACUUUCAGGUGCACCAGCUCCAAAAGUGGAAUGGAUUAAAAAUAAAUUGCAAGUUCCCGAAAGCAGCAGAGUAUAUACUGAAACUAAUAGUGAACACACCAGAUUCCGUGUUGAGGCAUCUAACAGGGCUGAUUCAGGAACCUACACGGUCCGAGCUAAAAACGAAUUUGGCUCUGACGAAGCCGAUAUCGAAGUUAUUGUCGUUGAUAAGCCAGGAAUACCGAAAGGCCCGCUUCAGUACACUGCAACGACCCAAGACUCUGUUUCUCUAUCUUGGAACCCACCAGAAGAUGACGGUGGUGGAGAUAUCACCGGUUACAUCGUAGAAAUUUCUGAAUACGGCACUGAUUUAUGGCGACCCUGUCCUGGGUUCUGUCCCAGACCAUCGUUCACCGCUAGAGGUCUAACCGAAGGCAAGAAAUAUGUAUUCAGAGUGCGCGCCGAAAAUAUUUAUGGAGUUUCAGAGCCUCUCGAAGGAAAACCAGUUGUAGCUAAGAGUCCGUUUGAUCCACCAGGCCCACCAAGCCAGCCAGAAGUUACUGGUUACACACCUAACUCCUGUUCACUCAGAUGGAAUCCUCCGGUAUCUACCGGUGGAAAGCCUAUUAGUGGAUAUAUCGUUGAAAAACGUGAACGUGGUGGUGAUUGGAUUAAAGUUAACAACUACCCAACUCCAAACGCACAGUACACUGUCCAGGAUUUGCGUGAAGGAAACAAGUAUGAAUUCCGUGUAACUGCUGUUAAUGAAGCAGGCCCUGGAGAACCAAGUAAGCCAACUGAACCGAUAAUUGCUCAACAUCAAAGAUUCAAACCUUCGGCUCCAGAACCACCAAAAGCCGAUCGCAUUACUAAAGAUAGUGUCACCUUGUCAUGGAGACCACCAAAGAGCGAUGGAGGUUCAAGACUUAAGGGAUACAUAUUACAACAACGUCCUAAAGGCUCUAAUGACUGGACAGAUGUGAACGCUUUACCUAUCAAUGACACUGUCUAUACCGUUCCACGGCUUAAGGAAGGAGAAGAAUACCAAUUUAGGGUUAUUGCUGUUAACGAUGUAGGAAACUCUGAACCUAGUAGACCAAGUAAUCCAAUCCUUAUCGAAGAACAACCAAACAAACCUUGCAUGGAUUUGGGUGGUGUCCGAGAUAUUACAGUACGCGCUGGGGAAGAUUUCAGUAUACACGUUCCGUACAUUGGAUUCCCCAAACCAACCGCGGCGUGGUUUGCAAAUGACAAACUUCUUGACGAAUCAGACAAUCGUAUAUUCCCGCAAUUAGCUGAUGAUUACGCUAGCAUCAUUGUGAAGAACUCUAAACGCUCUGACACUGGGCAGUACAGGUUACAACUCAAGAAUCCAUCUGGAUUUGACACUGCAACUAUUAACGUCAGAGUUCUUGACAGACCCGGCAAACCUGAAAACCUACGAGCUGAUGAAUUUGCCGGUGAUGCACUUACUCUAUACUGGCAACCACCUAAAGAUAACGGUGGUGCUGAUAUCACCAAUUACAUCGUUGAAAAGAAAGAAGCUAAGUCAUCCACAUGGACUAAAGUUAGCAGUUACGUUACUGUUCCAUUUGUUAGGAUCAGAAACUUGACACUAGGAAAGGAAUACGACUUCAGAGUCAUUGCUGAAAAUCAAUACGGCCAAUCCGAACCGGCUGUCACUUCAGAACCAAUUCGUGCAAGACAUCCAUUUGAUCCACCAGGUGCCCCAGGAACGCCUAGAGGAAUUGACUCGAGCGAAGAUUCAAUUACCAUUCAAUGGACGAAGCCGCGACAUGAUGGCGGCUCACCAAUCACUGGAUAUGUUAUUGAGAAACGUCUAAUAACGGAAGACAAAUGGACUAAAGCUUCCCAUGCUCUUGUACCUGAUUUAGAUCUUAAAGUAAUCAACUUAAUUGAAAAUCACGAAUAUGAAUUCAGAGUAGCGGCUGUUAAUGCCGCUGGUCAAGGCCCAUGGAGUUCUGCGUCAGAUGCCAUUUGUGCUAGAGCUCCACCAUCCGCACCAAAAAUAACAUCAGAUUUAAGUAUCAGAGACAUAAUUGUUAUCGCGGGUGAAGAACUGAGAAUCACUGUUCCUUACGUUGCAACACCAAAACCGAAAGAAUCCUGGACUAUUAACGGUAAUGAGGUUUCUGGCGAUGAUAGAAUCAAAUUGGAAACUACCGAUAUCGCUUCGAUAUUUUAUAACAAAUCCGCCAAACGUUCUGAUACAGGAAGCUAUACAAUUAAACUUACCAAUUCAAUGGGUUCCGACUCUGCUUCUUGUAGAGUACUUGUUGUAGACAGACCACAGCCACCUCAAGGUCCUCUUGACAUUUCCGAUGUGACACCUGAUAACUGUUCACUAGCAUGGAGACCUCCUCUAGAUGACGGCGGUUCACCUAUAACAAAUUACAUUGUUGAAAAACUAGAUACAAACGGCAUAUGGGUUAAAGUGAGCAGUUUUGUACGCAACACGCAUUACGAUGUUAUGAGUCUAGAACCGAAUAAGAAAUACAGCUUUAGAAUCCGAGCAGAAAAUCAGUAUGGCAUCAGUGAUCCAUUGGAGAGUGCUGAGCCUGUUAUUGCUAAAUAUCCGUUCACUAUACCCGAACCUCCAGGACCACCUCGUGUUGUCGACUGGGAUAGCAAUACCAUCAAUCUUGUAUGGGACCGUCCAAGCCACGAUGGUGGAUCUCGUAUUCAAGGAUAUAAACUUGAAUUCAGAGACGUUCGUGACACGCACUGGGUGAGCGCUAGCGAUUACCUCAUCAAAGACACUCACUUUGACUUGUACAACAUGGUUACCGGACAAGAGUAUGAAUUCAGAGUUCGUGCUAAAAACGCUGCAGGUUUUAGCAAACCUUCAGCUUCAUCAUCCAGAUUUAAACUCAAGGGUAAAUUUAACGUACCAUCUCCUCCACGCAAUCCGAAGGUUGUCAAUGUCGGUAAAGGCUACGUCGAUCUUACUUGGGAACCACCAAGUUCAGACGGGGGAUCCCGAAUUACUGGCUAUAUCAUUGAAAAACGCGAAAUUGGAAGUCCAUUGUGGACGAAGUGUAAUGACUAUAACGUUACAGAUACAAAUUACACUGUGCUUAAUUUACACGACCAGUCCGAAUAUGAAUUCAGGAUAUCAGCUGUGAACGCUGCUGGUAAAGGUGAACCCAGUACAUGUACUGCUCCUGUUAAAGUAUGCGAAGUUCUUGGAGGAGAGAAGCCUGAUUGGGUGCGUAGACUACAAAAUACCUCGGCGCCUCUUGGCAAAUCUGUUAGCUUAGAGUGCGAAGCUACUGGCAAACCUGAACCAACCUUCCGUUGGUUGAAGAAUGGCCGCGAAAUUCAAUUAGGUGGACGAUUUAGAAUGGAAAGUAAAAAUGGAACGGCAUGGCUGCACAUAUCUGAUUUAUUGGACGUUGAUGAUGGAGAUUAUACUUGUGAAGCAAGUAACUCCUUAGGCGCUGUUACCACCACAGCUCGUCUUAAGAUUGGAAAUCCGCCAAGAAUUGAAAGACUACCUGGAGAUUUGUACUUGGCCGAAGGUGAUAAUACAAAGAUCAAGAUAUAUUAUUCUGGAGACCAGCCUUUGGACGUCAGCUUGUCAAAGAACGGCCAGAAGAUUGAUGAUGAUUCUCACAUCCGCUUUACGGUGUUUGACGAUUACAUCAUAAUCUUUAUAAAGGACAUUAAGAAAUCUGACGCUGGAAGCUACAAUCUUACUGUUAAGAAUGACAGUGGAAGCGCAUCUGGAAGCUUCCCUGUAUACAUCACUGGUUUACCCGGACCACCGAAUGGACCUCUUGAAACUACAGAUAUUACUAAACACACUUGCACGCUUAGCUGGAAACCACCAAGCUAUGACGGAGGACUUCGUGUAACACACUACGUUGUAGAAAGGAAAGACAUUACUGGCACACACUGGAUAACCGUUUCCAGUUCAUGUAGAGACACAUCAUUUACUGUCCAAGGUCUAACUGAAGGACAGGAAUAUCUCUUCAGAGUCAUGGCUGUUAACGAUAAUGGAAUGGGACCACCAUUAGAAGGAGUUAACCCUGUUCGGGCUAAAGCACCAUUCGACCCACCGUCACCACCUGGCAUACCUGUCGUUACACAAGUCGGAGGAGAUUUCGUCAACCUUGAAUGGACUAAACCCGAAAACGAUGGAGGAGCUCGUGUACAAGGAUACUGGAUAGACAAGCGAGAAGUUGGUCAACUUGCUUGGCAACGAGUUAACGUAUCGCUUUGCCUACCUACACAAAUCAACAUAUCCAAUCUUAUCGAAGGUCGUCAAUAUGAAUUCAGGGUUUUCGCCCAGAACAUUGCUGGUCUUUCUGAACCAUCAUCAGCUUCGACAUCGGUUGUUAUUAAAGACCCACUAGCUCCAACGCCUCCAGAAAUCAUCAGACCAUUGAAGAACGCUCAGUGCAUCCAAAAUCACAAUGCCAAAUUCGAGUGUACUAUAACUGGUGUACCUGCCCCUACAAUUACGUGGUACAAGGGAGCCAGAGAAAUUACUAAUGGUUCACGUUAUCACAUCUACAGCGAAGGAGAGGUCCAUCAUCUUGUCAUCCAUGACGUAUUCGGAGAAGACGCCGACGAAUACGUGUGCAGAGCUGCUAACAAGGCUGGAGUUAAAUCUACUAGAGCUGAAUUAUUAAUAAUGACUGCGCCCAAACUGAACAUUCCACCACGAUUCCGUGACACUGCAUACUUUGAUAAAGGCGAGAACGUCAUUAUUAAGAUUCCGUUUACUGGUUUCCCCAGGCCUAAAAUUACCUGGGUUAGAGAAGGUGAAGUUAUCGAAUCCGGAGGUCACUAUCACGUUGAAGUUAAAGACAGGCAUGCAAUCCUUACUAUUCGUGACGCAAGCAAGUUAGACAGCGGGCCAUACAGAAUUACAGCGGAAAAUGAGCUUGGCCAAGAUACUGCUAUUAUUAAAAUUCAAAUCGCCGAUCGUCCUGACCCUCCAAGGUUCCCAGCUGUCGAUAAUAUUGGUACUGAUUCUCUGGCAUUAUCAUGGAAGGCUCCUGUUUGGGAUGGAGGUAGUAACAUCACUAAUUACAUGGUGGAGAGACGGGAACACCCUCUUUCUACUUGGAUUCGCGUCGGUAAUACUCGAUUAACCACCAUGGCUGUUAGCGGAUUAACUCCAGGACACCAAUAUGAAUUCAGAGUUUACGCAGAAAACAUUUACGGGCGGUCUGAUCCAUCCGAAGUUAGUACGCUGAUUACCAUGAAAGACACUGCCAAGAAGAAGGUGGAGAAAAGGAAAUAUGAAGUGGACGAAACCGGCAAAAAGAUUAGAGAAUCUCAUAAGGAACCUAUCAAAGACUAUGACAACUACGUCUUUGAUAUAUACUCUAAAUUCGUUCCUCAGCCCGUUGAAAUCAAAACUCGCAGCGUAUACGACGAUUACGAUAUUUUAGAAGAAAUUGGCACAGGCGCAUUCGGAGUGGUUCACAGAUGUCGUGAACGUAAGACUGGCAACAUAUUUGCCGCUAAAUUCAUUCCCGUGUCGCACGCAAUGGAAAAAGAACUGAUCCGCAAGGAAAUUGACAUCAUGAACCAGCUUCAUCACCCUAAACUGAUCAAUCUUCACGACGCCUUUGAGGAUGACGACGAGAUGGUUCUUAUUUACGAAUUCCUAUCUGGCGGUGAACUCUUUGAACGCAUUACUGCCGAAGGCUACACUAUGUCGGAGGCUGAAGUUAUUAAUUACAUGAGACAGAUUUGCGAAGGCAUCAAACAUAUGCACGAAAAGAAUAUUAUUCAUUUAGAUAUUAAGCCAGAGAACAUCAUGUGUCAAACACGUAAAGGCACAAAUAUUAAACUUAUCGAUUUUGGACUGGCUACGAAAUUAGAUCCCAACGAAGUGGUUAAGAUCUCAACUGGCACAGCUGAAUUUGCUGCUCCAGAAAUUGUUGAAAGGGAACCAGUUGGAUUCUAUACUGACAUGUGGGCGGUAGGUGUCCUGGCUUACGUUUUGCUUAGUGGCUUAUCACCAUUCGCUGGUGAAAACGACAUCGAAACGCUUAAGAACGUCAAGGCUUGCGAUUGGGACUUUGAUGAAGAAGCAUUUUCCAAUGUCUCGGAGGAAGGAAAAGAUUUCAUUCGUAGACUACUCCUUAAGAAUAAAGAGAAACGUAUGACAGCUCAAGAGUGUCUUUUACACGCCUGGCUUUCCGGUGACCAUAGCGACAGGACCAGUUCAAUUGACCAAUCGAAAUAUUUGAGUCUUAGAGACAGAAUCCGCGCCAAAUAUGAUGCAUGGGACUCAUUUGCCCUUCCAAUUGGACGCUUAUCAGAAUACUCUUCAUUGCGUAAACUGCUUAUUGAAAAAUACAAAAUCCACGACACAUAUUUCGAUCGCAGACAAGCUGCACCUCGAUUUGUUAUUAAACCUCAAAGUGCAUUCUGCUACGAAGGCCAAAGCGUCAAGUUCUACUGCAGAGUUAUUGGUGUUGCUGCACCUACAGUCAGUUGGUACCACAAUAAUGUCGAACUAAGACAGAGUGUCAAAUAUAUGAAACGAUAUGCUGGUGACGAUUAUUACUUUGUAAUUAACAGAGCUAAAUUAUCAGACCGGGGAGAAUAUAUUAUUAGGGCAGAAAAUCACUACGGAGCUAGAGAAGAAGUUGUGUUCCUUAACGUUCAACCACUGCCAACAGUUGUCCCAGAAUACAAACCUGAAGCCCCAGUAAUCCGAAGACGAGAACCUUUACCGUACACCUUCUGGCAAGAAGAACAAGAGUGCGCUCCCAGCUUCACGUUCUUACUCAGACCCCGUGUCAUGCAAGAGCGAGACACCUGCAAGCUUUUAUGUUGCCUGAGCGGUAAACCCUUCCCUACAGUCAAAUGGUACAAAGACAAACGCGAGCUCAGUAAAUACGAAUACUCCAUGUCAAGUUCCGAUGGUGUGGUUACAAUGGAGAUCCAAGGUUGCAGACCGUCAGACUCUGGAAAAUAUACUUGCGUGGCUACGAACAAGCACGGACAAGACGAGACUUCUUGCGUGGUUAUCGUCGAAGGAGCGACCAGUACUGAAGAACAAACGAAAAUGGCGGAAAGAAUAUUACAUUCUGGAGACAGGAAGUACAUCGAGAACCCGAUUAAACCUGCACCGAUUCCAGUGACGAUCAAAAAACAAGUGACGCAACCUAAUCCUAUUCAACCGAGAUCGGCAAACGCUAGCACGAAUAGUUUGGCACACUCGUCGUCCACGCUUAGCGUGGGUGAUGGUGAGAGACGUCCUAGGAAAUAUGGUAGGUUAGAUUCAACCGGUAGCCCCAAUAGAUCUCGAAGUGCUACCAAGGAGCUUGCCCUUCCUCCAGAUUCCACCAUGGGACCCCCUCAAUUCACGAAAGGAUUGAACGACUUGACUGUAAAUGACGGAGAUAGUCUCACCCUAACAGCUCAUGUACAGGGUGAUCCAGAACCGCAAGUCGUAUGGACAAAGAACGGAAAACAACUGAGCUCAUCUGAAGUAAUCGAUCUCAAAUAUAAAAAUGGCAUCGCCAAAUUACACAUAAACGAAGUUUACCCUGAAGAUGAGGGAGCAUAUGUGUGCAAGGCUACAAAUUCGAUGGGAACAGCUGAUACCACUUGUAACCUGAAAAUUAAAAUAUUAACCAACCAAACCAACGGCAAAAAGAAGACGGAAGACAAGCCUCCAACGAUAGUGAGCCAUCUCGAGUCGGCUUUCGUGAAAGACGGUGAACCGGUGACGGUGUCCUGCCGCAUCAUCGGAGCAGACAAAUUCGACGUGAUCUGGCUGCACAACAACAAAGAGAUCAAGCCCAGCAAAGACUUCCAGUACGUGAACGAAGCCAACAUCUACAAGCUGGUGAUAGCAGAGAUCUUCCCCGAAGACUCGGGAGUGUACACCUGCGAGGCCUUCAACGACGCCGGCGAAAGCUUCAGCAGCUGUACGUUGAACGUAGUAGUUCCGGGCGACCAGCCCAAGAGUCCUGUGUUCAAAACAUUCCCGAUUUCCGCCACGGUUUCGGACAGCGAAACAGCCACCUUCGUAGCGGAAACCGAAGACGAACCUUUACAGAUCAGCUGGCUGAAGGACGGCAAACAGAUCAAGGAGAGCAGCGCAAAAUACAAAUUCACCGCAGACGGAAAGAGAUACACGCUGCAGAUUGUCUCGUGCGACUCGAACGAUAUCGGUCAAUACCAAGCCAAAGCCAUCGGCAAAAAGGGCGAAACAUUCGCUGCAUUCUCGCUCAACGUUGUUCCAACCGGUCAGCUUUGAAGCUUUCUCUCUCUGACUUACUGACGCUACUGAUUCGAUCCGCGCUUCCUUAAGACGCGCAUUAAUGAACGACUUGCUCCAUUUAUUCAUUGUGUAUAUUAUUACUGUAUAAAUAACGUUUAUUUAUUUGUAAGGAUUUUGUAUAAAAGCGUUAAGCACCGUGGGAAGAUGGUUCUUUGACGAAGAAGCGCUUGUGGCAUCUCCAGCAUCCUCAACUUUAAUACCAUCACGAUGCCGUUGGCGCUGCUUCGAUUGAAGAGUCAUUUUUCCCGGAACCGAGCCAAAAUUGCACAUUUACAUGUUUCGAACGUGGAGCAACCAUCGCCGAUAAUUUAGUUUAAAUGGUAUGAAAAGAGAUUUCUUUAUUUUAGCGUGAAAGUGCUUGAGCCAUUAUUUUCAUUCAGCCAUCAUUGUUCAGUAUUUAAAUUAUCACACGAAAACGCAUUGUCGCUUGUGCAAAGCCGUACCAAAACUGUAUCAUAUUAUUGUAAAGAAAUAAAUCUAUAAUUUUUAUUUUU